AUGCGUCCCACCGCAGAGGACUUCAUGAUCUUCGACAAAGCCGCGACAGAUAUCAGCAUACACACGCUUGAAACAGUAACUCUCGCCGCAUUACAUAGUUUGUUUUCCCCGCAGACAGGCAAUAUUGGGCAACUCAUCGGAUUGGCUGCUAGAUUAGCGAUUGACUUGGGAGCUGUUGAUAAGCCCAACAAUAACUCAAACGAGAGAAACAAAAUUGAGCAAAUUUACAAGUCAAUCUACUGUCUCGAAAAUCAGUACGCUACAGCCUUGGAUCGCCCAGGACUCCUGCCCCCGCCUAUGAUAGAUCCUGAGUCUAGCACACCUCAGGAUUUCCUUUGUGCGGUCUAUCGAAUUCAAGCUUGUUUCCGGUCCCAGCGGGGUAAUGUUGAUGUCACUUCGCUAAUACAAGAGCUUGACGGUUAUGUCUCUACCAUUGAGAAAAUGCCGAUCCGAUCAAGACAUAAUGUCAUUGCAGCCGUCUACGAGACACGGUUAUUGAUCCGGUCGGAUGACGAGCAGAGUGCAAUCUGUCUACUUGAGAUAUAUUCCCAGAAAUUCUACAUCCGAACGGCACUGGGUCCUUCGUGGGCAUACCGAGCAGGCUUGGCUGUUGUCUCCAAGAUAUCAACGCAUCAAUCGCACCCGGGCACAAUAAAAAACCAUGAUCUACAUAAAAGCUAUCAGGCCUACGUAAAUUGUUUAUUGUUCCUGGAGCAGUGCUCGCGGAGAUGGCCAAGCGCCAAUGCAUUGAGAGCGUCGCUUCAAGAAGCUGCGUCUAGGCCCUGA